AGGUAUCCUUUAAUAAAAAGAGAGAGAGAAAGAUGUAGGAGGAGAUAACCUUUUAAUAAACACAUUUUGAUUCUGAUUGAUAAUUUAAAACCCUAAAACAACAAAACUCACCUGCUCUGUAUAAAAAAUCAAAAGCUGGCCAAGAAAACGUAGGCAGCGUCGAUCGUCGUAGGAGGAAGGAAAAGAGGUCGUGGUAGCAAGAAACACCGCCUGAAAUGAAACAGAAUAUUGAUGACAUGGAGCAAUUCAAUGAAAAUAACAAAGUGGCGAUAAUGGAGCAGCUUGCAAAGGCGUUUCUUGAAUUGGAAGCUCGAAAGGGCGUCUACGAUGAUAAGGUUCAGUGGGAUGAAAUUAAGCAACAUUUCUCUGACCUUGAGGCGGCAUUGAACAAGAAAAAUGAAGAACUGCAGGCUAAGGAGAAGGAGUAUGAAGGGAAAGAAUUAGAAAUGAAUACAUUGCUUACGCAGAGAAAGGCAGCGGUUACUUCAAAAGAACAAGAUUUAUUAGAUCGUUUGCAGGAGCUUAAAGAUGCAGCUGUAGAUUCCAUUAUAGAGGCACGUGCGAAUCACCAGAGUACAGCCUUGGAUUUUGUGUAUGAUGCGGAGAACAAAGAUAACAAGGUAAGUAGUUCUCCUGAGGAUUCUCCUAAUAAGUCGGGUGAUAAGUCGGAAGGUGUGGCUACUGAGGUUGGGCUGCCUCUAGAGCCGAAAUAUUAUUGUGAGCAAAUGGAUGCGAAAAGUCUUCUGGAUUAUGUUGUGGGACUUAAGAAAAAAGUGUCUGUUAUUCACGAAGAAAUUUCUGUUGCAUUAGAAAGUGCGACUGAUUCAGCGCGUUUGGUGCUUGAUUUACUAGUACUGGGGUUUUAUCCCACCACAAAUGAAACUGCCCAACAAAAAGAUAAAACAGGUGCUGCCCUUCAGGGCAAGCGCAAAUCCUGUAUUGUAAUUUUGGAGGCCAUGGCCAGCUUAUUGGCAAGGGCUGACCCAGGUGCUGAUCACCUUUUGAACCCUGAAACCAAGCAGCAAGCCAAGGUAAUUGCUGAUGAGUGGAGGCUCAAGUUAGCUACUGCGGACAUUGAUGCUGCCAAUGGAAAUUCAUUGGAAGCAGAGGCAUUCUUGCAGCUUCUUUCAACUUUUAGGAUUGCUUCAGAGUUUGGUGAAGAAGAACUCUGCAAGCUUGUACUUGCAGUUGCUCAAAAUAGGUCGGCACCUGAGCUCUGCCGCUCUAUUGGGUUAGCUCACAAAGUGCCAGCUCUUACAGAAAUAUUGAUCAAUAAUGGGAAACAGAUUGCGGCUGUACACUUUAUUCAACUCUUCCAGCUUCAAGAAAGUUUUCCCCCUGUGCCCCUCCUGAAGACAUACCUCAAGAACCAAAGGAGAAAUUCACAAGUUAAGGCUGAUAACGUGCGUGAUAUUGCUACUGCAAAGAUUGAUGCAAAUGCACAAGAGCUUGCAGCACUGAAAACUGUAAUUAAGUGUAUUGAAGAAUACAAGUUCGAAUCUGAGUACCCACUUGAUACACUCCAUAAAAGGGUUCAUCAACUAGAGAAAGCGAAGACAGAAAAAAGGAGAGGUGGAGAGUUUUAUAAACGUCCACCAUCGAAGAGGCCAAGGCCUAAUGAGAGGCAUUUUCCACUCCGUUCAUCUGGUAGUAGUGCGGCUUCAGCUGGUGUAACAGGUCGGCAUGUUCCACCUGUUAGGUCAGCAUAUGCAGGAACUGUUGACAGGUAUCCCCAUUAUGGUGCGGUAGCACAUGAUUAUCAAAUUCCUGGCCAAGCUAUAUACACUCAGCCAGCUAGUGCAACUCCUUCUAACUAUGGUCGUUAUAUAGGUAGUAGUUUGCAAUCCUCACACCAACAUUACAUGUGAUUUUUUUUAACCUCCAAGUGUUACCGAAAAGACUUGAGACAUGCGAGCCAUCAACGCACUAGUGAUUCUACUACUGCAAAUUUAAAAUGUUACCUUUUGUUUUGUUUUAGUUUCUUAUGAUGCCAGAAGGCAGGUGUACUCAGAUAUUGAUAUCCAAUGAUCACUUUUGUUAAAUGAAGUGCACGUUAAUAUUGUGUUAAAA